AUGUACGAGUCCCACGUCCUUCCCACGCCGACGUCCAUUAGGCUCUUGGACAUCAUCGAAUCCAGAGACGAUGUAAUUCGAUGUUCCAUGAGCGUGGUUGAUCUAGAAGACGAGGGCCUCGAGUUUGCCGCCAUCUCAUACACUUGGGGCGAUCCCAUCACGGUUCAUGAGGACCCGAUGCCAGAUAUAACCGGCCUUACAAUGGAACAACAUGCAUCCCAGCUACCAUUUAGCUACUUUACUUCCCCGAUGGGACCAGAUGGCGAGUCGAUCUGCAUGGUCGAUGGGGCAAAACUUGAUUUCUACGCCAAAUACAACUACAUCCCACGCGAGGAGUUGCGUUGGCAGAAUCGCUCGUCGAGAGAGGUCGAAGUUGAUGGGAAUCAGGUCCCUGUCGAGGAGAACCUGUUUCUUUGCUUUGAAGCGCUAUUAAACAUCCGAAAACGACUCGAUGAAGCUUCAGGCGAGGACAACGAUCAGGAUUCUGAGAAGAAGAAGUGGCCUCCUGUCUGGGCGGAUGCCCUUUGUAUCAACCAAUCCGACCUAGCAGAACGCGCCUCCCAAGUCAAGCUCAUGGGCCAGCUAUACAGAACAGCAAGCCUGGUGUAUGCCUGGGUGGGCAAGCUUGACCGUCUCUCAUACCGGGCGUUGUUGGCGAUGGGUACAAUUCUCGAUUUCGACGCCACCCGCUCCCAUGCACGAGACUCAUCCUAUCCUGAGCAGGAAGAGGUCACGCUCUCUUCAGUUACCGGAAUGACGGUGGUGGACUGGUUUGCCGUUUUCGCUCUCUUCCAGCGAUUGUGGUUCCGCAGGGCUUGGGUCGCUCAAGAGGUGGUUUUUGCGCCCAACAGAUAUAUGAUAUGCGGUCCAACAGUUUUCGACAUGAAUUUCGUCUUAGCAGUCGUUGCAUUCUUUGAAGAGACUGGACUUGACUAUGAGUUGUGCCAACUGGGUAGAAACUUUCUCACCGAUCGAGCGGCGUCUGAUCAAACUCAGCAUUGGGAGAAGCUGGCUUCGUUCUCGUCCCAUUCACCAGACACAAUGAAGGAGCUGCAGGUCAACCCACGCGACGCAUUAUCGUUCAUUCUGGGGUGUCACCAUACACGCUCACGCCUUGGGCUCUGCAACGCGGGCAUGCCCAUGGUAUUCGAGCGUCGACCAUUACACUUGCUGUCUGUUCUCUCUCACUUCCGCGAUCUUGAGGCCACCGACCCACGGGACAAGAUCUUUGCCUUUCUGAAUCUUGCCGAGGAUAACCUUGGAUUGGUACCAGACUACUCUGCCGAAGUACGAGACGUCUUUAUCCAGGCAGCCAGGGCCAUGAUCAACAAACGAAGGGGCUCUAAACUCGCUGUUCUAUCCCAUCUGCAAGACUCGUCAGGCACCAGGAUUCAAGGCCUUCCUAGCUGGGUGCCUGACUUUAGUGCCAGGCUGGGUCGGAUCCCAUUCGACCAGGGUGGACAUGAUGACCGCUUCUGUGCCGGGACUGGUUUGGAAAUAGACAUCGAAGAUUUUUGUUUCCAUAUUUACCCUGAUGACACUCUCGCUGUCAAGGCUAUCAAAGUGGACCAAGUCGCCGUAUCGACAGAACUAGGCGACGACGCCGUCAUCCAGGCUUUACGGCUAGCACUUCGCGGCCCACCACGUUACCUUAUCAAUCCAAGGGCGUGGUUCGCGGGCAGCAAUCGUCAUAUACGCCCGCCACGGGCAAUAACCCGGGUAGAGGCUCUGUGGCGUACGCUUGUCAUUGACAAUCUGACCGAGAUGGAAGAAGAUCAUGGUAGUCUAGAGUCAAGAGAUAACCUUGGAAUAGGUUUCAGCAACUGGAUCUUGACCGACAUCCUCGAGGCCCGCGAUCUACUCAUAGAGUGGGCUAAUCUUGAGCAAGACCAGUGGACGCGAAUACUCAUAGAUAAAUCCUUUUGCACUCGCAUGGCUCUCUGGUCGGCCCUGUAUGAUGGAAAGCAACCAUCCGAAGAACUGGCUAUUCCCGAUCUUCAAAAGUUUGCGGAAGAUCUAACGGAAAAAAUUGAACGAGAAGGUAAAAGGUCAGAUGAGCAGGAGGAGGAUGAUGAUGGUUCUUUAUGCCACCGAGAGUUUCUCCCCACCGCGACACAUAUUCGAGAGUGCUUCCACGCUGAAGUAGACGAGGCCGAAGGCGACAAAGACCCUCUCCGCGGAAAAUACAAGAGGCCCUCGAUGCAACGACUCACGCCCCUGGAGAGGAGGAAACUUCGCAACUUUGAGAAAAACAUGCGCAACGCUACCGAGGGACGGAAACUGUUCAUGACAGAAUCGGGGUUAUUCGGACUGGGCCCUAAAUCUCUUGGACAAGACGCCAGCAGCAAGGACGAGGUAUGGAUCCUCAUGGGGGCAAGAGUGCCUUUCAUCCUGCACCACGUCGAGGGUUCCAAGUAUCGGGUUGUGGGCGAAUCAUAUGUACACGGCAUAAUUGGGACGACUGGGAGUAUGGAUACGGUCGCACAGGUGUGGAAGACAUAUGCCUAG